AUGUCUCUUCCGGGACUAGAUCUCUCCCAGCCGUCGGAGGAGAGGCAGUAUGCGGUCGCACCGCCGUCGCAGAUCAGUCUAUCUCCGGGCUCAGAAUGGCGAUUUGAGGUUGGAUUUGGUCAUAUUGUGAAGGUCAAGAUUCUCAAUGGAACGGCCGAGCUUUUCGGUACGGAACUGGCCGAGUCGCAGAGCUACAGCUUCACUGGUACCAAGGCGGCAAUCUACACAUGGCAUGGUUGCACAUUAGAGGUCAGCACAGGGGAGACAAACCAUAUGAUAUCAGAUGGGGUGACUCCGACAGCGGGCCAUGGAGCGGGCGGGUGCCAGAGCGAGUACACGGCAGAGGAGACGCCGAUGGUGGAAUACGCCAAUGUCCACUUUGCACUGGAGACAUUGCGGCAGGAGGCCCACGGUGCGGGCAAGGACGGCCCGCGUGUGUUGCUCCUGGGGUCUGAGAAUGCGGGCAAAACCAGUUUGGCCAAGAUCCUGACGGCCUAUGCGACCAGGGUUGGCCGGCAACCGCUGGUCGUAAAUCUCGAUCCGAGCGAGGGCAUGCUCAGUGUUCCUGGAACCCUAACUGCGGCUGCAUUUCGCACCUUGCUGGAUGUUGGGGAAGGCUGGGGCAGCAGUCCCAUGUCUGGGCCCAGCCCUGUACCCGUGAAGCUGCCGCUCGUAUACAGCUACCCGCUGACGAGUCCGUUGGAUGCUGAUGGCUCAGUCUACCGACCUGUUGUGUCGCGGCUGGCGCUGUCGGUGACGGGCCGGAUGGCCGAGGACGAGGACGCACGCGAAACCGGCAUCAUAGUCGACACCCCUGGGGUUCUGAGUCAGGGCAAACCGGGCAGCCUGGAGCUGAUCAAUCACAUCGUGACCGAGUUCGCCAUCACCACCGUCUUGGUACUGGGAUCGGAGCGUCUCUACAGCUCUAUGGCCAAGCAGUACGAUAACAAGCCCAGCUCAAGUGCCACGGCCACGGCUUUGGACGAGCGUAUCUCGGUCCUGAAGCUCUCCAAAUCCGGGGGCUGCGUCGACCGCGACGCCGCGUUCCUGAAGGCGACCCGCGAGUCGCAGAUCCGAUCAUAUUUCUUUGGGAAUCCGAUUACCUCCGCGGCCUCGGCUGCUCUCUCAAUCUCCGCCUCGUCCGCCUCCGCCAUCACCUUAUCUCCUCACGCGCAGCAGCUCGACUUCGCUUCUCUCGCAGUCUACAACUACACCAUCUCUGCGGCCGAUGACGGGGACGAGGAUGAUUACGACCCGUCUCAGCUCACAACCACCGACUCUUAUCUUCCGGGCUCCGAGCACUCGUCUUCUCAACCAAGCCAACUCCCCUCUGACCGCGCCGCGCCCUUGCCGGGGGUUGUUGGCCUCUCUUCCAACCCUUCGGCAUCUUCGCCUGCCACUUCAUCUGCACAAAGCAAUGUUCCUCUGAAAAAGGUCCUCCCACCCGCCCCCUCCACCCUCGCCAAUACCCUCCUUGCCAUCACCCACGCCUCCACCACCGCACCUGUCGCCGAAGUGCGCGACGCCAGCAUCAUGGGCUUCGUGUAUGUCGCCGAUGUCGAUGCUGACAAGGGCAAGAUCCGCGUGCUUGCACCCGUUGGCGGUAGAUUGCCUCCGCGUGCCAUGAUCUGGACAAAACGCUGGCCUGGUGAAAUUGUUGGCCUGGUUGGCUGA